GAAAGAACGCAUCAUGUUAGCAGGAAGACAUUUAGUCAACAGAUACACGCCUACUGCCUCUAUCAAGCUGAGAUGUUGCGGAUUUCGCUCUCCGUAGCUGUCUAUGUCGUGGUGCUUUUUAUUGGACUGAUCAUUGGUUUUUCUCUGGUGGCAUCUUCUGGGAGGCAACGAAGACCAUCCUCUGGGCAGAGCCUUCCGUCCUCUUCUCAAGCUCUCAUCCUGAAAAUGAUGGAAAUGCGAACAAGAAAGAAGAAGCGAAAACGAAGGGGCGUGGUGAUAUCCAGAGCCAUGGAUAAAGCCAUCAAAGAAGUGUUUGAUUUAGUUGUUCAAGAUUUUAUUAUGGUCUGGUACAGAGACCUUGGCAAGGAUUAUACCACAUUCAUAUCUGCUCUGGAAGACGAUAUGUGGGAGCUGAUUACCAACUUGGUUAUAAGGUUACAGAAAGUGGAUAUGGUGCGGUUCAUGGCCCUGGAUGUUACUGAAAAAUUAUGUGAUCACUUCAGGGAACUUCGGGAGACAUCACCAAGUACUGAAGGUGGAGGGAAACUACAACCUUUCCAGUUGCAUCCCUGUUUAAAAAGUGACGUUGCAGAGACAGAAUUCCUACGGGAAGCAACUGAAGUUUUACUUGUUCUAUUGUUGCCGGAGAGGAUAGCCAGCUCCGAGACUGCACGUCAUGUCAUACGUGAAAUAGUGACAUGUUCAGGUGUCACAUUUUAACUGAAAUUAUGCAAGCAACCAACAUUCAAAAUAUGAAGAAGGCAAAGGGAUUAGAAGUAAGAACAAAGACAUCAAAGGGAGCUGGUAAAGGAGAGCUGUUGAAGGCACGUAAUCUGAAAAGGUACCUCAACCAGGAAAGUGUCGCUUUGCAAAAGCUCACUGUGAACGGCGUAUCAGGCAAGUUGGGGCCCCGAGUAUCAGAGGUAUUUCCGCAACUGGGACGAGGAGGAUGGCGUGGGACCAAUGAUGGUCAUUUUACUGGAGGAGAUAUUCCAGGACAAACAAGCAUUGGAAUAAUUCAACAAGUUUCUUCAGAAGGAAGGAAAGGAUGACCUGUUGAAAAAAUCUUUGGCAGUAUAUAUCAAGUUUUGACACAGUCGAGAAGUACUCGGCCAUUCAACAAACAGAAAGCCCAAGUUGCUAAAAACCCAGUUUGCUCCUUCAAUGAAUGGGAUCCUUUAGAAGAAGUGAUCGUCAGACGAAUUGAGAACGCCACCGUUCCAGAAUUAACGCCAGAAAUCUAGGCUGUCGUCCCCGAAAAAAGUUGGAAUUUUUUUAAAGAGAUCACAAGAGGAAGGCUUCGUUAGAGAUUGCGGAGUUUUGCCGAAUUUUUGAACAUGAAAGAGUGAAGGUUCGACGGCCGGAUGUACUUGAUCAUUUGAAAUCGUAUUCCUCGCCUGAUUUCAGCUCGACAGAGUGGUACAUAAAUGCAGCCAUUCCCAAACCAAUAAGAUCGUUAAAAAAAAAUAUGUUGGUAUGUAGGAUUGUAUUCAGCGAUGACACGUGAUCUUCUGCUUGUGGUUGGUGGAGAAAUCAUUGAAAGUCCAAUGGCAUGGAGAUGUCUUUUCUUUGAAUAUCGUGCAUACCGCCGUUUGAUGAAAGAAUAUUUCAGAGAGGGCGCCAAGUGGACAACAGCCCCUAAACCACAAAUGAGCGAUGAGCUUUAUGACAUGGGUUAUAUUGGAUCCCAUGAGAGACUAGAAUUACCAGCUAGAGGUCAAUUUGUGACGACAGAAUUUGAACCUUGCUUCGAUGCUGCUGAUUUUCAAUGUGCUGGAAAGGACAAGUUAAGUCACAUCACCCGAUGUGGUUUUCUUCAACAUGGAUGUCAAUGAAUGUUCCGAUGUUGGACCAUAACCGGUGGUUGUAGAUGCAAACGAGAUUCCUACUCAAAGACUUUUCGAGAAACUUGGUAUGGAAUGCAUCAAGGUUGAUUUGCGUUUCGCUGGUUCUCCAGCAGGUGGCAGUCAUUGCUGGACUUGUGACGUCAGACGAAACGGUUCUUUAGAAUCAUAUUUCUAAAAUCUUCACUAUAUUUAUACUGGUGGAUAUAAUUAAUUGUAUUUUAUUUAAUACUUUGAGAAUAUAAUAUGAAAUAAAUAAUAUAUAGAAUGGUUGACCUCUGGUAAUUUGUACUUAACAUUUGUUCAUAUUUGUGAAGCUUAAUUACAUUACACAAACUUUAUCACAAAUAAUAAACAGGACUACAUAUUUUGUUUUAACUAUUAAAAAUAUUUGCACUCACAAAAGUAAACAAAUAAAUAU